AAUAAAGAAAUAGAAAUUUGAACGCGGCAAAAGGAGCAAAACACGAGAAGAGGUCGUUAAACUCUUGAUCUUUAUGUAUUCCAGAAAUCAAACUCUUGACUCUGUCUCCACUCAUCUCUCCCCCUUCCAUUUCUCUUCCUUCCAUCGCCCCCCCUGCUCACGAUUCCCCAUUUCUCACUUCUGGAGAAAAUAAUUUUCUGAUCUUGGAACUAAUGCUUACUGGCAGCAGUGGAAGGGUGAAGAAUGGUACUUUAUGCAUGAAUUUUGCAACUUCUCUAGGACGUGUGUGCUCCAAUAUUGAUACCGCAAAUUGAUACUGCAUUUCGUUGCUGAGGGUCAUCAUAUCGCUCUCCUAGAAACACGGGGAAUGGGGAUUCCUUUACUAGAUGUGCUUCUCAACAACAUCUCUGACUUUUUCCUUCUAUCAUCACUACCAAGCUUAAAUCUCGAAUUGUUUCAUAAAUACUAUCGGGAGACUGAAGCCAUAUUGAAUCCAUUAAAGACAGUUCUCAAUGGCGUUGUUGAUAAUGAAAUAUCUUCUGAACGGCUCCAGAAGGCGUAUGUGGAACUGAGUAAUGCAAUUGAUGAACUGCGGGAGCUGUUCGAGACCUGGGAAAUAUUGAACAGUAAAGUCUAUUUUGUUCUGCAAGCCGAGUCGUUGAUUGCAAAAGUUCGAACGUGCAGCCUGGCAGUUAUCGAGCUACUCGUGUCUUCUAAUGGAUGGCUUCGUGAAUCGAGUUUAGCAUCUUUUGAGCGUUGUGUACUGAAAAUCGAAUCUAUGGAUUAUGAACUAUUAUCUACGAGAAUCAGUAAAGCAGUAAAAGAAGUGGAAAGUCCUGGAGCUAAGUUGGAUAGUUUGGCCGAAAUUGCAGACUAUACGAGGUUAAACUCGAACCAGGAGCUUCUUAUCGAGCUUGUGUCCCUUGAGAAAUUGAAGGAGAAUGCUGAACAAGCCGAUAGGUUCGAUGAAGUCGAGUAUAUUGAACGGAUCGUGGGUCUCGUUACUCGUAUGCACAACCACCUUGUUACGAUGAAACAGUCCGAGAAAUGUUCCCCCGUGCCCAUACCUGCUGAUUUCUGCUGUUCGCUCUCGCUCGAGCUAAUGACCGACCCGGUGAUUGUUGCGUCGGGACAGACGUAUGAGCGGACCUUCAUUCGACAGUGGAUUGAUCUCGGCCUCGUUGUUUGCCCUAAGACACGACAAGCUUUGGCUCACACGAAUCUCAUUCCUAAUUACACUGUUAAGGCACUGAUUGAGAAUUGGUGUGUGAUGAACGAUGUAAAGUUGCCUGAUCCGGUGCAGUGUUUGAACUCGAAUCAGCCUUCUUCGAUUAUGGCGAUUUUGAAAUGUGGUGUGCCUAGGGAUAGCCUUAUCCCGCCUGAUCCGAUGGAGAAUAGCGUCGAAUCACCUGAUUCAAAUCAUUCUACAGGUUCCCCGAGGAAAAGUUUGUUAUCUUCUAGUGGAGUUCAAAGUGAGGCAUCAUCUUCUUGUUCAUCUUCGGAGGAAUGUUUGCCUGGAAUUGUCGGUAAUGUGGAGAGGAUGCCACUAAUGAGUUACGAAGACAAGCUGGGAAGCUCGGGAGGUAGAAGUAUGAACUCGGGUGGCCACUUUUCUAUGCCACUUUCUGCAAUGGCAUUAGCUGAAAACGAAAAAGUUUCUCGUCAGGGCCAUAAUCGAACCACCUCUGCUCCCAGCACGCUAAGCCAUUCGAGUUUUUCAGUCGUAAGUAGCGACGGGAACGAGACGUCUUCAAGGACUAAUGACUCUUCUGAUGCCUCGGGAUCUCAGCCUGCUUCUGCCCUGGCUGCCUCGAGGAUCGAGUCAGAGUUAUCGUCCAUGCCAGCCCCAAGACCUCGUUUUAUCCCAAAAUGGAGCAGACAGUGUGAAAGGUUUUUCCCAAGAAUAGUUUCCUCCUCGUCUGCAACCGAAACGAGGCCCGAUCUCGUGGAAGUCGAGGAAAAAGCUAGGGAGCUGAUCGAGGACUUGAAGUCGCCUUCGGUUGAUGUGCAGAGAAGUGCAACGGCUGAGCUUCGUUUCCUUGCCAAGCUCGACAUGGACAAUCGAGUCGUGAUUGCCAAUUCGGGUGCUAUCCCUGUGUUAGUUAGCUUGCUAUAUUCGGAAGACACGAUAGUCCAGGAAAACGCUGUCACAGCGAUCCUCAAUUUGUCGAUUAACGAUAACAACAAGUAUGCAAUUGCCAACGCUGAGGCAAUCGAGCCAUUGGUUCAUGUCCUCGAGACAGGCAGCCCCGAGGCUAAAGAAAACGCGGCUGCCACGUUUUACAGCAUAUCCGUCAUCGAGGACUGUAAGAUGAAGAUCGGGAGGUCCGGGGCAAUAGACGCACUAGUUACCUUACUGGGAAACGGGACUCCCCGGGGCAAGAAAGAUGCAGCAACUGCAUUGUUUAACUUGUCGAUACUUCACGAAAACAAGGCUCGAAUCGUGCAGGCGGGCGCCGUGAAGCACCUCAUCGAGCUGAUGGACCCUGCAGCCGCGAUGAUUGACAAAGCGGUUGCUGUCUUGUCCAAUCUUUCCUCCAUUCACCUCGGGAGAAUAGCGAUCGGGCAGGAAGGAGGGAUCUCGGUCCUGGUUGACGCUGUCGAGCUGGGGUCCGCACGAGUCAAGGAGCACGCCGCCGCUGCUCUCAUGCAACUAUGCAAUAACAGUGUUCGCCACUGCAAUAUGGCUCUCCGGGCUGGAGCUGUCCCGCCAUUAGUGUCCCUGUCGCGAUGUGGCACGCCUAGAGCACGAGAAAAGGCACAGGGCAUUCUUGGCUGUUUUAGAAACCAAAGGAAUGUUAAUGUAGCCAAAAGCUGAUGAUGUAUAGAUACAAAGUUUGGACAACUUACUGUGUUUCAGGAAGGAGAUGAAAUGGUUUUAGUAAAUGUGAUGAUGGAAAUUGUAUAUGCAGAAACAAUCCUAUUUCACAGGUAUCAAAGGGUUUGUUGAGAUCUGGAAAA